CUCCGUCUCCUCCCUCCAACGAAGUUUAGAUGCUUCACCCCUAGAAGAAGCUUUGAGCUGAUCUUCUGCUAGCACUUAACAAGGCACUUUUAUGGAUGACACUGUAAUAAAUCGAGUACUAGAGGCUUUGGAUGUCGUCCAUUCCUCAACGACUGCACCUGAUGUGCGUGUUUCUGCUCAGCAAUUCUUAGAUGAGUUGAAGGCGUCUAAAACAAGUCCAGCUGUAGGAAGUGCCUUAUUAAAUACGGUUCAAGAACAACUGGCCUCCAAUGGGCUCCAUGUGGAUGUGAAUUCGGUUCGUCAUUUUGCUCUCAGUUUGUUUGAGGCUUCCAUUUGUCAGUAUUGGCCCCAAUUCUCUGAACAAGAAAAAAAAUUCAUUCAAGUUUGCAUAUGUGAUGUAGCCCUUCGGAAUACAGACUUUUUGACUGCUUAUUAUGUCCGUACAAAAAUUAGCACGGUUCUUAUCGAAUUGGCUAAGAGAGAAUGGUUCCAAUCGUGGAAGGAGGAUUUUAACGAGUUCUUACUAAGUCUCUGGACACUAGGUGAUGCACCUCGACAAUUGGCUUGUUUGGUACUUAGGGGGAUAAUGGAAGAUAUGUACCAGUUUGAGGAUCCAAUUGCAGCUCUGCGUCUUCCCAUUCUUCACAAUGCUCUUCUGAGCGUUCUGUGUUCCACAAAGGUGCUGAAAGAGGUGUAUCCCUCAGGUCUUCCUUACUCCAUAUCUAUUCCUGCAAAUAGCGAAGGUUGGCUUUCCUUAUGGUCUAAGGCAAUGGAUCGUGAAUCCGACAUUCUAGAGGUACUCCAAUGUUUUAAAAGCUGUUUGUCUUGGGUUCUUACUCGUUCUAUUUGCGAGUGCAACGUUGUUCCCCGCAUCUAUAACUGUCUUCUUAACUCGUCGCUUGAGUUGAAAAAGCAAGCUGUGGAUUGCUUGUAUGUUUGUGUCACUCGUACCCUUGACCUUGAUGAUCCUAUGUGGCCUUUUGUAGAUGAGAUGCUUUCAACGACUUCUCUGAUCACUCUCCAUCGACUGUUCACGCAGGCCAGCGAGUCUAUUACCAUGAAUUCGCUAUCUUCUACAAGUUCAGAGUACACUUUCUUGAAAAAGCUGACGGAAACCAUUGUUGCUUUGGGACAGUAUAACUAUAUGGAUGUCCACCGACGGGCUUGUAUUAAUUCAGAUGCCCUGGAUACAUAUGUCAAUCUCGUAAUUGAAAUUAUGAGACAUCCAAGUAUGCUCAUUAGCGCCAUAUCACAGCACUUUUGGGUGCUCGCACUGCGUGAUCCUAUAAUUUCAAAAAACGAAAAGUUUAAUUUUGUCUUAAAUGAUUUACUGCAGCUCGCCUCUGAGCGUGUCCUUCGGUUUGAGGAUGCGCUUGUUGAAUAUAUCGCCGGUUCUAAAACGGCACAGUUUUUGGAAUACGAUGUUGAAGGAACUGCUGCGGUCCAUGCUUUUUGCGGAAAUUAUCGACGCUUCAUGUUCGACAUAAUCCGUCUCUCCGUAUCACUAAAGCCCAUGGAGUCAUUGGGAUGGAUUUAUGGAAAGUUUGAAUCUGUGGUGACGGCAGAGAUGCAACAAGCUCAAAACAGGAAUGCCUAUUUGGAACGGACAUCUCCUGCGUAUCUUAUUAUUGAUUCAGUUUUCACCACUAUUGAAGCAGCCAUUCACGGCGUUACGCGCUGGCAUGACAUGAAUGAGAACGAAAAUGAACUGUACGAGAUCCUAAUGCAAAAACUCAACGGAUGGUGUGAAAUUUUGGUGAAAAUCAACUUUGAAGACCCGUUACUUAUCAGCCGCUUAAUUACUGUUCUUGUUCUUUGCAUUUCUAUGAUAGCGAAAAACAACACGAAUUUGCUUGGUUUGGUUUUGGAGAAAGUUAUCUCAUCAGUAACCUCUUCAAACUCAUUUGCAAUUCGUCUUCCAAAGGACUCUCAAAAAAUCCAGGAGAUGAGAAAUAAGUGCUGUUAUGAGCUGUUGCGUCUUGGCGAAUUAAUGCCAAAUCCGUUGAUGAGUAUCUAUGAUCAAUUGGAGUCUAUUAUUGGGCAAAUGGGCGAUUCCUCCAAUUUGAGCGGAUCGGAAAUAAUCAUUUUAAAGACGUUUCUAUUUGUUAUUUCCCAAUCCUCUGACACUGAUUGGAGUGUAAAGCAACGUUAUUUCGAGAAACUAGUAAAUCCAGUUGUUACAACUUGGUUGGAUGUACACCCACCAGUGUCAACAUUUGGUGAAUUCAUUAACCAUGUUUCCCUUCCACAAAUUUCUGAUUAUCUGGCUGCAAAGUUCCCAUUCAAAAGCGACCUCACAAAAUACGAACUGGAUUCUGAUGCAGCGAGUUUCCAGUCCGACCUUGAGAAUGGCAGGAAAUGGCUGUGGCCCAUAAAGUGUCUUGGACGUUUCUGUGAGGCCACCGUUGCAAAUAAGCAUUUGCACCCUGAAGAGUUUCCCAAACAUAUCCAAUUGUGGAGCACAAUCAUUCCUAGUAUUUUACCCGGUAUCUUGUUAUUAGUCGAACAAAUGCAUGGAUGCUAUGAUCCUAGCGUGGUAGCAACUUUGAAUGAGCAUACGCGCUACUUUCUUCAAAAGAGCACGACCGAGCGCUUUUGGCUUCAUGGUGUGAGCCAAGUAUCUAAGUCACAAUUCCUUGAGGAGUCGUACAAAUCAGACACAAGUGCGAAUAAGCUUGUUCACUCAUUUGGCCAUUUUCUGCGGAGGAUGCGUGAGUACUGCUACUUUACUCUGUCCUCUUUCAUGCUCCUUGGCGAGCCUUUCUAUCGCACAACCGACAUGUCCAAGCUUUUUUUGAAGUCUUUCUUCUAUCAUGCCGCCGGUUUCACCUUGCAUCAGUGGACUGCAGUAGUGAACAAUAUCCUUAAACCAUACUGUCUGUAUUGUCCUCCUGACCUUCGUGAUGAUUGUCUCCUUCCGCUACUGCCUCCGCUGCUCUCCCAAUUGGAUAAGACCAUUGUGACCGAAUGGAGAAAGGUUGCUGAGCGCGGCACUGUUUACGAUGAGGACAAUGACGAAGAUGAAGAGAAUCUGUCUGAAGAAAUGAUUGGUGAGUCCUUGCUUCGCUACCUAUCGUUUGCUACUGCACGUUUAAUCUCCGAGGUUUUGCUUCAGAUUUCUCCUAGUCGUUCAUCUUCUCGAAGUGCUUCUGCGUUGACAACUAGUGCAAACAAGUCAGCCGUUCUCAACCGUUUGUCUGAUUAUGUGUUGAAUAGCGUUCUUAUUGCUGAACCCUUGUUGUGCAUAUUGUGUCACAUGCUCGUUAUCCAUGACACCCGUACCGUUUCCCAAGCCAUUUCCGCUUUCCUUGCCAUUGUCCCUUCCCUUGUUUCAGAGCAAGCGCAUGUUGUUGUUCGAGAGUUCGUUUGUCAGCAAGUGUUUCAAACGGUUAUCAUGGCCAUUAACGACCCAUACUUUGAAUCUCUUCAGUCUGAUCUCCUGCGUUUGUCAUGUCUUAUCCUUUCUUUAUCACAAAAUCUUAGUUCAACACCUGCACAAGUGCUUAACAGAAUACCCUCAAUUUCUUCUCAGCCUGAUCUGCUUCCCAAUUUCCUCCAAAAGUUCAAGGAAGCUACUACACUGAAGGUGCAAAAAGCACUUUUAUCUAAGCUGUUGCAUUCAGGAAACGUGUUUCCGCGCAACAAUCGUACAGCCAUCAAUGCUGCCAUCCUGGAUGUCAGUACGAAGGAAGUUCUGAGUCGGUUUGAAAAGAGUGUCACCAUCAAUGAUGACAGUAAGAGUAAUUUACUCUCUCGAGACGAAGACAUCGGAUUGUCUUCGUUGUUUUCUUGAGCAAGAGACGAGCGUUCUAAAAGUUUGCUAUUACUCUGUCUCUACACACAGAGACUGAGUACAAUCCCUGUUUCAUACUAAAAUAUUAAAAACUUAACUAAGGCUCACAUGAAGCGGGAUAUGAUUAUAAAAGAUCACUACAAAAUUAUUUACGAGAAUCACGAGCUAAGAAAGUUUCGUAGAGAUGGUAGAGACGGAAAGGACGGCAGAUAUCGACCGCGAUUGAGGGCCAGCAGUUUCAAUAUUCGCAUAAGCGGGCUGUAUAUGUCUUCUGCACAUUCCAAUCCAACUCUCGUUAUUGCCGAGGGCCGCGCUGCAGGCUCUGCAAAUUACAAUCCUGUUUCUCUUUAAAUUGCCUUUUACGUAAUCCAAUAUCUCUUAUCUAGACUUUAAUUUGCCUAUCUCCUUAUCGGCAAAUUAAAGUGACACGCGAUUAUCAUCGCUUUGUUACUUGUGUUACUUCACAAACCUCUGCCUGUCCGCGGCUCACCGUUGGCCCAUAUUCGAACAAACGACAUUUCCUGGCCGCAGUUUGUCACGUA